AUGGCUGCCGCGUGCCAGUCGCAUGGCAAGUCGCAUGGCAAGUCGCAUGGCAAGUCGCAUGGCAAGUCGCAUGUUGUCGCACGGUCCCAGCUGACCCAGCAUGUCCCCUGCAUAGCGUGGCAUGCCAAGACCCGUCUCCACACCCGACUGGUGGAUCCGCGGAUGCAGUGCAUCAUUGCAUGUCGAUCCCAAGGGUGGGCUCCACUAGCGGCGGCUGUCAACAAAGGGUAUCGAGACGUCACCUCAUCAAUAGCAGACAAAGGGGCGAGUAUCUGA